ACGAAACACAUGUCUGAUGGAGAAUGUCAAACGCAGUAAGAUAAACUAAGACAUAAUCUGAUAUGCACAACAGUAUUGGAAGAAAAAAUGGUGGAGCCAAUUUUCGACUAUCAGUUUAGACUGAUCCUGAUAGGUGACAGUACUGUUGGAAAAUCGUCAUUGCUGAAAUAUUUCACAGAUGGUAAAUUCUCCGAGGUGUGCGACCCCACAGUAGGUGUUGACUUCUACGCACGUCUGCUGGAGGUACAGCAGGGUGUUCGGGUAAAACUACAGCUCUGGGACACGGCUGGCCAGGAGAGGUUCAGAUCAAUCACACGAUCCUACUACCGUAAUUCUGUUGGUGUUCUAAUAGUGUUUGACUUAACCAAGCGACGUUCUUUCGAGAAUGUUGAUUCCUGGCUUAAGGAAGCACGUGCCCAUAUAGAGCCAUAUGAGGCUGUGUAUAUGGUUGUAGGACAGAAGGCUGACUUGGAGGACCAACGUCAGGUCACACAUCGUGAGGCUCGUCUCUAUGCAGAGUCUAACAGUCUCCGCUACAUUGAAACAUCAGCAUUUUCAGGACACAAUGUUGAAGAGGCAUUUCAGUCUCUUGCCCGCGAUAUUCACCAAAAGUUGGAGGAUGGUUCCAUUAAGGUGGAGGAGGGAUGGGAUGGUGUGAAGAAUGGAUUCUCCCGUCCCAAAGAAUCAUUCCAUGUGAUGGAAGGUGAGCCUGAGGGAGGAGGCUGCUGUUGAUAACAACAUGACUAGUAUCAGUGGAGGACUCGGUGUUGUAAUUAGCUAUGAGGGUCAAACUCUAUAGUUUACUGAACACAAAAGUUUUAACAUUGUGGCAUAAGAGUAGUUAUCAGCCCAAAGCAAAAGACUAAAUAGUUAUGUUUUGUGAAAUAUUCAAAGCUUUGGCUGUAUAUCAUUCAAAAUGUGCUUGGAAUAUCUGUGACAAAAUUACAUUACAUCCUUUCUACCGGAACCUCUCUAGGAGAAAAGUUGAUGUUAACUUAAAUCUGUAAAGUUCAGAUGAAAAAAUGACCAAUUUAAUUAUUUGAGCUAGAAAAAUAUCUGAAUUUGUUGUCACCAGAAAAAAUGGUAAUAUUGCAGGGAAACUUAUUGAUUUUUUUCUUUUUUUCCUUGAAACAAAAUGACAUUGAGACUCAGAACUUACUUACCUGAGAUAUUCAAUUUGGUGUAACAUUGGUAUUGACUCAUCUGUGAAAUCUGGAGUAUUGAUGAAGUGACUUGCAUCAGCUAUUUAGAGCUUGAUACUGGGAUAUAUAAACUAUCAUGGCUUUAGUUGACAUACCGCUGUUUAGUACGAUGUGAGUAAGUGACCUCUGCUGUAUGUCUUUGUUAAGAAACAGUACAGAGUAUGAUGUGAGAAUUGGGUUUGGGUUUAGUUAGGAGGUACUUAAUGAUAAUUCUUCUGGGAAAUUUUACAGUGAACCACACAACAAUAUAUACUCGCAUGAUAAGGACCGGUAAACAGUAAAUAUAUAGACUGUUCAUUAUCUAAUCUUUGUUAUGACAAAAUAAAUAACCGGAGUUUAAGAGAUAAAAUAAUGAGGUAACAUAGAAUAACUUCAGGAAGUUGGAGCUUUAAAUUGAUGUUGACUAGAAGAUACAAUACUUAUAGGCCCAGGGUUCUGCUGUAGUGACAGUGAUUUUGACUUGAGCAGAUGAUACCUGUUAGGUCCUGAUGUAGCAACAGCGAUAAUCAAAAUAGUUACCAAUUGUGUGAAGGCCCAUCUCUGUCUAUUAAAAUGCCUGAAUUAUCAGUAAUGUGUAUAUAAUCAAUGUUUAUAAUGGAAUUAUUGUAGGGCUGGUUCAAAGUGUUGUGAGUCCAUGGGCCAAGGGAGACUACUCUAAAUUGUGAUGUGCUGUGUAAUAUUUAAUGUUGUUUCAUGCUUUAUUAAGUCUUUCAGUCUUGCUGUAGAGUUAAUCUUAUCACAAACUCUUGUUACCUCUGUUCAGAGUUAUGUCUUCUAAAAUUGAAAUAUCCCCCACGUGUAGGUAUCAUUUGAUUUCUUUUUUUAAAAUUGUCCAUCUUGGGAAAUCCAUGCUGUGUGAAAAUAAAUUUCAUCUUGGAAUACUGUGACAGGAUCCCUAAAGUCAUGGCUUGUUUUUCUAUGGAUGUAUAAAUAUGGCAUGUUCUCUUUAAUUUUCUCAUUGUCCAUUUUUUGAAAACCAUGAAGAUAUUUUGUCAUAUAACUUUAAAGGAAUAUUCUGCCAAGGUUAGCAUUCCAUGACAUGCCUUUGAAGAAAAUUGUACAAAAUCAUCCACUUAUGUUGUUAUAGAAAUGGUACACAUCAGUUUACCAUUUAAAUAAAUAUAUAUUUUCUUUGUGGAAAUUCUAUAUAGAUCAAGUUAGAUUGAUUUAUAAACAUUGGUGCAGCCCUGAUUGUGUCAUAACAGGUUUGCUUGUUAUAAUCUAAACAGAAUGAAAUAUUUGUGUAAGUCAUGAAAUUACCAGAAAAUAAGCCUAUAGAAGCAAUGAAAUUGUAAUCCGAGCAGAAAUUUUAUUGAACAGCAUACACACAUCUGUAUUUACCCAACACGCUGCAUUAAACCUAUGAUCCAGUGGCGUUUCAGUUCUGGAUUUCCUUGUGUACUAUAUUUAGACAAUUUGGGUGGGAUUAUUCCGAAUUGACCACAGGAGAGAUCAUUUGAUGUGAACAAUAGUUUUCAAAGUCACUUGAAUUAGUCUUAAAAGGUACCAAACAACCAGAAAUUUUGUAACUUUGGUGGAUUAUCCUGUUAAAAUUGGUAGCUUGAUGAAAGUACAAAAUGUACAAAAAUUCCUGAGAAAAUAUUAGAAAAAUUUGAAAUUGGAUAUCAUGGUCAUCUAUUCCUGGGACGUUAUAGGUUGUCACAGGUGACGUUCAGUAUAUAUAUAUAUCUACCUGUGUACAGCAGGCUGUCAGGAGGUCGGAUUAAUAUUUGUUUUAGAUGUCUUAUUUUAGUUCUCCUCCCUAUACAAUGUAAUGCCAAAAGAUGAUGAUGAUGAUGAUGAUGAUGAUGAUGAUGAUGUGCUGUAAUGCUUAACUUUUUUUAGAGGAUGUAAGUCCUAAUUUAAGAUUCAUAACCAAGGUUUGAGUAUUUAUUUGCAAUUGCAGUUUUUCUGAAGACCAAAAGUGUGAGAUUGAAAUUAGAUAGGGAGAAUAUAGACUGAUGAGUGGUAAUGCAAAUGACCUUGAAUGAGGUAGCGUUUGUAAUGGUGUGUGUGUGUUAUACAUAUGUAAGGUACACAUGAAUAAAAUGUACACAUUUAUUGUUAAAUGUUUAAGUUCACCAUUCCCUAUGUUAUUUACUGGUAGUAGGAUAGUUCUGUGAAAUAUACUACCAUUACUUAAAGUUCAGUACGAUAUAUUACUAUAGUUCAGUACGAUAUAUUACUAUAGUUCAGUACAAUGCAUUACUUCAGUUCUGUAUAAUAUAUUACUUAAGAUUUGUAAAUCAAUUCAUCUGAAUUCUGAAAAAUAAUUUGUUAAUGGAUGUUCACAAUGAAAUCUUGAUUUUUUUUGGUAUAUUGGUACACCUACUUAAAUCUUCAACGAACAGUUUUUUAUUUGUUGGUUUAUGAGUCUAUUGAUGAUUUGAUAAUUUAUUUUUAAGAAGAUUUUUUGAAAAUUGAACUCGACUUGUAUCUGAAACUGACAGCAUUUUGUAAAAGCUAAAAGUACAUGUUGAAAAUCACCACUUUUUAUUGAUGACUGCUUGCUGACCCCUGAGGAGAUAAUCACUGACCUCUGAGGAGAUAACCAUAUGUCUGAUGAUACUGAUGGUGUUCUGGGUGAUAAUUCUCACUCUAGAAUCGGUAUCCUAAACAGCUAACACCUGUAGAUUAUUGGAAGGCCAUGAAUUUCAAGUUUUGUUUGUAUUUUUACUGUAUACAAGUAAAACUAUUUUCUACCUAUGGUAAAUUCUUUCUAAAAAAACAUUAAAUUUAUUUAUAUCAGCCUGAAUAUCAACUUCAGAAAAUACUUUUCUAUUGUGCGAGAUGUGAGCGUGGUAAAAUGGGAGUCAAACUGUGGCAAAAUGUUUCUCUGUAUGUGGUGAUAACAGCUUUGAUCAGAGAUGAGGUAUCAUUUCUUAUCAUUAUGAUCAGUUGUAUGAACCCGUAUACAUGGAACCCUUUAGGCCAGUGGUGGUCAGUGUGUUUGGUGUAUGAACUUGUGUACAUGGAACCCUUUAGGCCACUGGUGGUCAGUGUGUUUGGUGUAUAAACUUGUACACAUGGAACCCUUUAGGCCAGUGGUGGUCAGUGUGUUUGGUGUAUGAACUUGUGUACAUGGAACCCUUUAGGCCACUGGUGGUCAGUGUGUUUGGUGUAUAAACUUGUACACAUGGAACCCUUUAGGCCAGUGGUGGUCAGUGUGCUUGGUGUAUAAACUUGUACACAUGGAACCCUUUAGGCCAGUGGUGGUCAGUGUGUUUGGUGUAUAAACUUGUACACAUGGAACCUUUUUUAGGCCACUGGUUGUUAAUGUGUUUUAGGUCCUCUAAGACCACUGCAUGUAUCAGAUCAAAUGAUACUGGAAUAGUUCACACUGCUCUAUGAACUGCUUAAUAAACAGGAGUCAAAGUGAGAUUUUUAAAAGUUUUCAGUGAAACAUAAUUGAUUAAGCAUAAAUACUUGAUGAAGUAAUGUUUUUUUAUUUUCGUGUACCAAAUUUUUUAACUUAUGUUUGCAUGUGCAUGUGUUUUGUGAUAACUUAUGUUUGCAUGUGUUUUGUGAUAACUUAUGUUUGCAUGUGUUUUGUGAUAACUUAUGUUUGCAUGUGUUUUGUGAUAACUUAUGUUUGCAUGUGUUUUGUGAUAACUUAAGUUUGCAUGUGUUUGUGAACACUUUCUGCAUAAGAGUAGAAUGUUUGGUUGGAUUGGCCAGACCCAUGGAUCAGCAUGUGCCUAAAUUAACCUUGGUCAAAAUCUGUGCCUAUUGAUUCUGUAAGGUUCAAACUUUCAACUUAUCCAACCAGAUACACUGAAGUGAUCUGAUGUCUUCAGGCCAUCCUUUUUAAUCCAGUUAACUUUAUAUACAUUGUUAUAUAUUUGUUUUUGCUUGAGUUUCUGUUUAAUUAUACACUGUCUUUAUUGUCUAUUUUUAUCCCAAUAAUUGGGAAAUUAUUUUUGAAUCCCAUCGCCAUGAUAAGUAUUUUACAAUUUUGUUUACACAGUAACACUGAAAGUGCAAUAUAGACUGAUGCUGCCAUAUUGUUUAAGUAAAUGUCAAUAUUGAUUUUAAAUAUUUAAUUUCUAUGUGCUUGUUUUUAUUUAUGACCUUGAAAUAUAUCAGAGAAGUUGUGAUAUUUCUACCCCUGUGUUUAGCAUAUUUUAUCCUGAUGGUCCUAUUUUUGAACAAGCUGUGUAACCUGUGUGUGGAAUAACCAGAGGUCCCAGACUUACCAACAUGUUACUGUAAUCAGAGAGGAGAUAUUAGUAGAAGUAUUCAGGAACUUGCCUCAAAAGUUAAUCCAGAUAAUACCUUUAUAUCAAUGAGAAGGUUAGUGUCCUGGCUAAUCCAGAUUUUGUACUAAUUAAAGCUUGAAAAGGUCAUUGUUGUACAGCAUACCAGGUGAGGAAAUUUGUUUUUUGAUUUGCAUAAUUAAGUGUGGGUAAUCAUAUUCAGAUUCAAAGAUUUCUUUAACUAAAUACUUCAAUAACCAAAUUUUUAGUUGACAUAUGUAUAUUUGAAAUUUUCUUAAUUUUCCAAGGAUUAUCUCCCUUUGGCCUAGUUAAGGUUUCCUGGAAAAUACAGCUUUACACAAAAUAUGCCCUGGUAAUAUGAUUCUUCAGAAAUUUCUAGUCAUCAUUCUUUAAAAGUAUCAUUGUUAUUCAUGGUUUUUGUUACUGAUAUUUUCAGACCACCAUAUCACCCUGUGUUCUUGAUUCCUCCAUGUCCAUCGUAUGUCCUCAAACAAUUCUUGCUCACAUUUUAUAUGAAGGUUCUCAUUUGGGCUUUUAUUGUUCCUUUUUGAUUUUGGGACUGAUCAAAAGAACAAAAUGGCUGAUAUAUGGCCAUCUUGGAUUUUACUAAUGGAAUUUUAAAAUUUUUAUUCCUUGAGAAGAACUGGAUGGAUCCUUCUCAGUGCCCAUUUGCAUUUUUUUUUACCAAUAAUGAAAACCAAAAUGGCUGACAGGCGCACAUCUUGGAUUUUAACAAUGCCAGAUUAUCUUAGUUAUUUCUCAGAGGUACUUUCAUAUUUCAUAUAAUCAAGAGCAAAGAAAGGAAAUGUAAAGAAGGGAAAAUAUUCAACUUUAACAGAAAAAUAAAGAUCAAACAAUGGUGGGUACCAAGAUCCCUCACAAACCUCUUGUUGGUUAGUUAGAUUUAUUUAGGUUCUAAAAACAAAUCUCACUUUAUCAAGUCCUCAUUAUAUCUGAUUUAUACAGUGUUCAGGUGGUAGGAAAUGACAAACUGAAGAUUUAUUGUCGGCUUUAUAACUUCACUAGGAUCACCAUGAGGUUUAUUAAAUUUGCCAGUGAACAAGUAUUUUAAUAGUCUUCUCUCAUUGGUUUUCUAAGCUAGUCAUUGGCUAAAUGGAAUAACAUCCCACCAACCAUAUGUUGUCACCAUUGUUGUACUGUGUUGAUUUACCUUGUGAUGCAAAUGUGCAAAUAAAAUAUUCCUGGAACAAGAA